UUUCCGGAGGAGUGCGGGUGCCGGGUCCUGCGUGGUGGUGGCGGCCCCAACCCGGGCUUUGGGGACCGAUGGCCCAGAAACCGCUGCGCCUCUUGGCUUGUGGAGAUGUUGAAGGAAAGUUUGAUGUUUUAUUCAAUCGAGUUCGAGCAAUUCAGAAGAAAAGUGGAAACUUUGACCUGCUGUUGUGUAUAGGAAAUUUCUUUGGCUCCACUCCAGAUGCUGAAUGGGAGGAGUAUAAAACUGGCAUCAAAAAAGCUCCUAUUCAGACAUACGUGCUAGGUGCCAAUAACCAGGAAACAGUAAAAUAUUUCCAAGAUGCUGAUGGGUGUGAAUUAGCUGAGAACAUUACUUACCUGGGGCGGAAAGGUGUCUUCACUGGAACCUCGGGGCUGCAGAUUGUGUACCUCAGUGGGACCGAGUCCUUAAAUGAGCCAGUCCCAGGUUACAGUUUUAGUCCCAAGGAUGUCUCUUCCCUGAGGACCAUGCUGUGUUCGACACCCCAGUUUAAGGGUGUUGAUAUCUUGCUCACAUCCCCAUGGCCCAAGUAUGUGGGGAACUUUGGGAAUUCUUCUGGAGAAGUGGAUACCAAAAAAUGUGGCUCUGCUUUGGUCUCCAGUCUUGCCUCAGACUUGAAACCAAGAUACCAUUUUGCUGCUUUGGAAAAGACCUAUUACGAGAGGCUUCCAUAUCGAAACCACAUCGUUCUGCAGGAAAAUGCACAGCAUGCCACCAGGUUCAUAGCACUGGCAAAUGUUGGAAAUCCAGAAAAGAAAAAGUAUCUUUACGCAUUCAGCAUCGUCCCCAUGAAACUAAUGGAUGCAGCAGAACUGGUAAAACAGCCUCCAGAUGUCACUGAAAACCCUUACAGGAAAUGUGGGAAGGAAGCAUCCAUAGGAAAGCAAAUUCCUGCCCCUGAGGAAGAGUCAGCCUGUCAGUUUUUCUUUGAUUUAAAUGAAAGGCAGGGAAGGAAGCGUUCAUCUACAGGCAGAGAUAGCAAGUCUCCUCACCCAAAGCAGCCUCGCAAACCUCCUCAGCCUCUAGGACCCUGCUGGUUUUGUCUCGCCAGCCCCGAAGUGGAGAAGCAUUUGGUAGUCAACAUUGGCACACAUUGCUACCUUGCUCUGGCCAAAGGAGGCUUAUCUGAUGAUCAUGUCCUUAUCCUGCCUAUUGGACACUACCAGUCAGUGGUGGAGCUUUCAGCAGAGGUGGUGGAAGAGGUGGAGAAGUAUAAGGCUACAUUGAGAAAGUUUUUUAAGAGUCGAGGGAAACGAUGUAUUCUAUUUGAGAGAAAUUAUAAGAGCCAUCACCUCCAGCUACAGGUCGUUCCUGUGCCACUCAGCCGCUGUGCUACCGAUGACAUUAAAGACGCCUUCAUUACCCAGGCACAAGAGCAACAGAUAGAGCUGUUGGAAAUCCCAGAGCACUCUGACAUCAAGCAGAUUGCACAGCCAGGAGCAGCAUAUUUUUAUGUUGAACUUGACACAGGAGAGAAGCUUUUCCACAGAAUUAAAAAGAAUUUUCCUUUGCAGUUUGGAAGGGAGGUCCUGGCAAGUGAAGCCAUCCUUAAUAUUCCUGACAAGUCUGACUGGAGGCAGUGUCAGAUCAGCAAGGAAGAGGAGGAGACCCUGGCUCGCCGCUUCCGCAAAGACUUUGAGCCUUUUGACUUCACUCUGGAUGACUAAGCAAAGGGACAGGCACUUUAUGAACUUCACAGGAAGUAGUAGCAGCCUGUGUUUUAAAGAAACUAGUCUCCCAUGGGGACUGUUUCCCUGCCUCUUUUUGGUGCAUUCCCAUGGAACCUGUCUGCAGCAAGAGGCCUAAGAUGGAAUAUUUUUCAGAAAAAGUCACAUUUGAGGAUGAAAAUUUAUGUUAAAAAACAGGUUUGUCAUCCAGCUCCAAGUACAGCUUUUGUUUAUCAAUAUUUUCAAAAACACUGAAAUUAUCAAAUAAAAUCCAGAUACUUUUCUAUG